AUGGCGAGGGAUUAUGGCUUCUCUAGACUACAAGGUCUUUUGGUGCUGUGCAAGAUUGUUUUCCCAAUCAUUUUGAACCUGCUGACUUUAUUGUGUGUUCCUUGUGUUAGAGGCGUGUUUUAUGUUAUUUGGGUGGUUCCAUGUUGGUUUGCCAACCUCCACAACUCUAUACAUGAUGAUAGGUAUUUGAUUGGUCGUCGACUUCACAAUUAUAGGGAGAACUUAGACGAGAAGCAAAUUGAUUUUUGCUUUGUUCUAGAGGCUCAAAGUUCAAACGUAAGUGAUAUUUGCACGAUUAAGCAAAAUCGGGAAGUUGCAUAUGUGGGGAUGAUGCAGAGACAUCUUGUUCGCUUGGACGCCUAA